UACUACAUGCACGUUGCAGAGAGCGACGGUGACGUUGGGUCGUGUGUCAUCUCGGGGCAACUCUCGCCCUUUGCAGUCGUUUGUUGUACGAUGGUGGGAAUCGCUUCUAUUAUUUACUCUCCAAAUUUCUCUGUUUGCCAACGGUAUUUUACACUCUAUUAUGUCUACCCGGAGCAGUAAGGAGCUUCACAAUGAUAUCAGUACGAUUGAUGGAUGUAACACUGAGAAGAACAUAAAAGCCAUUGACGCCAUGACAGUUUCCAACUCACCUCUCCUCACAGCAACAAAAUUAAAGUUGAUCUCAAAUGAAGACACCCUCAGCAGGGAAUCAGCUAUAGCAUCAUAUUCUACAUCAGAAACCAGUGAUUAUAAUGGCCUGUCUCAGUCUGAAGCCACCAGUAUUACCAGCAGUAGUUCAUUCCUGGCCCCUAAACUCAAGGUCACAGAUGAAGACAACCACAGCCUAGCAGAUCCUACUAAUGCAGCAUCCAACAGUUCACUGUUUUCAUUAUCAGAUAACAGUGAAUACAAUGGGGGUGCCUCUGUCCUUCAACUACCCCCAGGCCACAAGCGAACAAGCUCUAAUGUAUCUACUAGAUCUCUUCUGUGUGAUGAUGAUGAUGAUGAUAUAAUUGUUUUCCAAGAAGAAGCCAAUAAAAAAUUAUUUUGUCGCUUAUGUGAUCGAGUUUUCAAAGAUCCAGUGAUUGUAUCCUGUGGGCAUACGUACUGUCGCAGAUGUGUAAAUAACCACAGUGAUGACACAUGUCCAGUGGAUAACCAGAAAUUAAUGAUUGUUGUUGCCAACAUUGCUGUCUCUGAACAGAUAGGGGAACUCCAGAUUCACUGUAAAUACGGUUGUAAACCCAGUGAAGAUGGAUCGCCACAUGUUGUAGACACAACGAAAUGUCCAGUAAUUGUCAAGUUGAGCAAUCGACGUGUUCAUGAAGAUGAAUGUGACUAUGUCCCGGUAGAAUGUCCCAACAAUGUUGGAUGUCCAUCACUACUUAAAAAGGAUUUGGAAAGUCAUCUGCGAAUAUGUAACAAUGUAAUGUGUCCUCAUCAAAAAUAUGGCUGUGAUUUUAUUGGAACCCAAGAUGAUCUUGUGAUACAUUUACGAACCUGUAAAUUAGAAGGAAUGAAAGACUUUCUGCAACGAACAGAUGAAAAAAUUGCUGAGCUUCAGUUCUCCUUGAACAGUAAGGAGCAUGAAAUUAGUUUCUUGCGAUCAAUGUUGGGGAAACUGUCAGAACGAGUUGAAACAUUGGAGAAGACAGUUGACAUGAGAGUAGAUCUCUUGGAACACAAACAGAACUGUAUUAUGACUGAAGUAAUUGAUAAUCGAAGAGAAAAUGCCCUGGUAGCAGAAGAAAUUUCUAAUAUUAACAAGCGAUUAAAUAUUGGUGUCCAAUUGGCUGGUUAUGAUGAUCCACAACGAAUGUUCAAAUGUCGUGGAACAUUUGUUGGGCAUCAGGGUCCUGUAUGGUGUCUGUGUGUCUUUGGUGAUUACUUGUACAGUGGAUCUUCAGACAAAACAAUCAAGGUGUGGGACACCAGUACUAGCUAUAAAUGUACAAAAACACUUGAGGGACACACAGGUAUUGUUCUUGCUCUGUGUGUUUAUGGAAACAAACUCUACAGUGGGUCACAUGACUGUAACAUCAUUGUCUGGAGUAUUGAUACAUUAGAAAUGCUAAAAGCUAUUGAAUCCCAUGAUAAUCCUGUUUGUACACUGGCUUCAGCACGAAACAAGCUCUUCAGUGGAUCUCUCAAAGUUAUACGAGUCUGGGAUGCCCAAACACAUGAACUGAAGAAAGAAAUAACAGGUUUAAACCACUGGGUUCGUGCCCUGGUGGCCACCAACAACCAUUUGUACAGUGGAUCUUAUCAGACAAUUAAGAUGUGGGACCUUGAAACACUGGAAUGUAUUCGAAUGCUUGAAACUUCUGGUGGAAGUGUGUACAGUAUUGCAGUGACAGACCACCAUAUUUUAUGUGGUACCUAUGAAAACUGUAUUCAUGUAUGGGAAUUAGGGACCUACAACCAGGUCACUACUCUUAUGGGACACUCAGGCACUGUAUAUGCAUUGGCAGUCUUACACACUAACCCUGGUACAAAAGUUUUCAGUGCAUCCUAUGAUCGUUCAUUACGGGUGUGGAGCAUGGACAAUAUGAUAUGUACCCAAACAUUAAUGAGACAUCAAGGGAGUGUUGCUUGUUUAGCUGUGUCUAGAGGUCGAUUAUUUUCAGGAGCUGUAGAUAGCACUGUAAAGGUUUGGCAAUAAAAAUGACCAUCAGAUGCUGAACUUAUAGAUGCCUUUAUCUGUUUGACCCCACCACGAGCAGAAACAGUCCUUGGACUAAGCUGAUGAUCAACCUGUUACAGCAAGUCUUCUCACCACCACCACCACCAUCUUCCACUCACACACAUUGAUAAAUGAAUGUCUCCCACUUUUUUCUUCACUUAUCCCUCUUUAUUUCUUUUCUUUUUCCUCCAUUUAUAUCCUUGUUGUCUCUCUCCCUCUUUUAUAACUCCUUUUCCCCUUUUUCUAAUGCAUAUUCUGUUCUCUUUAACCACUCCCAUCUUAUCAUUUGCUCUUUUACCAUCUUUGUUUUGCCCUCAUUCAUCUCUCCCUCCCCCCUCUCUCUCUCUUUCUGAACAUUAUUUUUUCUUCUUUUCUUCAAUAACUCUGACAUCCACUCUUAUCACAAGUCUAUGAUAUUGAGCAUUUCACACACUUACACACAGCCAAAACAAUACUUCUUCCUUGCUCUAUUGUGUAUCCUAUCAAAAGAUUAUAUAAUGUCAAAUUUCUAGAACACCAAGAUUAUAACAGCUAAAUAGGAUUAAAAAAAUUACACCCACAUACACAUGCAUAUGCAGUGGUUUCUUGGUUGGCUGGUCAGUUGGUCGGUUGGUUAGAAGUUUCCAGAUGGAAUGAGGUGGAUAAAUCCAAGUGGUGUGGUUGCUAAUCAGAAAUUUGGUUGGUUGGUUGAGAUAGUUUAUAUACUAUUCAACAAUAGUAUGGUGACCCUUUUUAGUUUUUUGUUUUUUUUGUUUUUUUAUAUUGAUUAUUAUUAUUGAUAACACAAUGUCAAUAACUGACAGGUUAGUACCAUAGAUUGGAUGGUCAAGCCAAGGAGAAUUUUGGUUUACUGUACGAAAACAAUUAAAAGAAAUCCCCUUUACUAACUGUGUUAUGGCCUGAAGUUUGAUUUACAUAUUUUUAAUUUUAAUUAAUUAUUCAUGAGUUUUAUGGUCAUUCAAGUGAUAACAAUGUUUUGUCAUUGAUAUCUGGUUGACCUCUUAUAACACUGCUAAACAAGCAACAGUAGUCUGACCAGAUUUAAUUAUAUUUAAGAAUGGAAACAAUAAUCUAACUAAACAUUUUCAGUGAAAACCUUCUUGGAAUGUUCCAGUUUUUAUCUAAAAGCCAUAAUAUUUAACAUACAUACCUUUACAUGCAAAUUUAUUUAUGCUUACUCACACAUAUAUAGGUACAGACAUAUCUGCACACCACACAAAUAAGUGUGCUUGUGUGUGUGUGUGUGUGCGCGCGUGCAUGCGUGUGUGUGUGUGUGUAUAUAUAUAUAUAUAUAUAUAUAUAUAUUGAAUUUCUCUUUGGCAUAUUUCAUUAAUUUUUGACAACAUUGGUAAACCCAAAAUAUUUUCUAUAAUACAAUAUUUCAUUUUUUAUUUUCCAGCCAUCACCUUAAUGUGCCUUGUUAUUUUUAUUUAUUUUAAGACUGCAGUUUACUAAACUACAUUUUACGGUUUUAAACUGAAAUAAUUUAAGCAUUUCUAAAAAGAAAUGCUUAAUAGGUAGGUUUUUCUAGUCUUAACCACUGUUAGUGAGAAGGUUUUUAUCUAAAUUGCCCAGCUUUUAAAGUCUUGAACACAGAACAACUAGAACUGACUUCUACUAAAUGAAAACAAUGAUCUACAGCUUUCUUUUUAUUUCAGUGAAAUUAGCCAGAGUAUAGCUUUUACAAAACUUAAUCCUUUAUUUCACAGCAAGCUGUAGUAAAGUGAAUAUGGCUGACAUUUCUUAGAUCACUUUGUAAUUUUCUAAAAUGAUCAGAAACUAAAUGGUUCUUCAAGACUGCUGUCAUAAGGUUUUAAACAUAUGUUUUAAAGAUCCCACAGAAAUAUUAUUAUGUAUUAACAUACCAAAACAUAGGGUCUGAUGUUGAAAAGUCAGCCCUUUUAUUUUUAUCUCACAUCCUCCCAUUCUGUUUGUUUUGAUACCACUCUUCGUGUGGUUAAAGAAAUGAUGUGCAUAAUAAGUGGGUGGGGGGGCCUUUAGGCCCCUUGAGAAUAUAGUUGUUUGCUCAACUGUUAUAACAAUGAUAUAUUUAACCAGUGUUGUUUUCUAGAACACACAUUGUUAUUUCUAAUCAAAACUCUUCCAGUUUGUACAGUAGACACUAAUCCUUUGUUAUCCUUUUCAAAGUCUAUCAAAUACUUCUCAGAAGAUGAAAAAAAAAAAAUUGAGAUGUUUAAAAAGAUUUAAAUGAUAGAUACCUACAACAAAUUUUUGCCAAAUACUUUUUUCAUAUAUUUGAAAAAUAUGAUAGCAACUUGAUAUUUUUGUUUACAACUGUCGUUAUUGUUGUGUACUGUGAGCCCAGUCAAGGGAAAUUUACAUACAAUCUUCUAUUUUUAAAAUGUUUUAAUACUAUCCAGAUAUUUCACAAAAGAAUAAUUUUUAAUACAUUUAUAUAUUACUGAAUAUAAUUAACUGUCAUAAUAUCUCUGCUGCUAAUUAAGAUUUCCAAGCUGAUUAUUACUGCCUGUUUCAAAUUUUCCUAUAAAGCUCUGUAAUUAAACAAAUAAAACUUAAUUAUUUUCCCCAAUGAUUGUAAUUUGAACAUUACUGCAUAAUUAAGUCCAAAUGAUUUUAAAAUAUAUUUUUCAGAUUUUUCAUUCUCACCCAUCUACCCAACUUUUUUUUCUGUUGACCUAGUGUUUAUAUCUAUAUCUAGUACACUUAGCAUUUUGAUGGUCAAACUACAAAACUAUCAAUUUAACGUUGCAUCUCCUUUCGAUCUAUCAUAUUUUUUCAGCAAGAAAGUUGCAUGCUUACUCAUUCUUGUAUUAUAAAAAUUUAUGAAAAUAAAUUUUAAAUUGUUCUUUUUUUCUUUUUCACUUAAAAUA